GGGUGAGCCGCCCAGGCUGGACCCUCACCUACCAAAUACGUUCUCAUGUGCAUCACAAGUUGCUGUGGCUACAUCUUCAACAAAUUGCCCUCUUGUUGUGGAGCUGCAUGGUCUCUGAAGCUCCAAUAAUCACCAAACAACAACAAAUAGCACUUUUCCUUCAGUAUUCAUCACCAUCCAUACAUCAGCAACAAACAGCAAAAUAACUGUCUUGUUGACUGGUGACAGCUUAGUGCUCUGUGCAGAUUUUUAAGUUUGGUUAAAUUUAAAUAAUUUUACCCUUUUUCUUAACGUGCUACCUGGUCUUGGUAGUUGUUUUAUCAGAAUGUCAAAGCAAGCAAAUUGGCAGAAUAGGGUUGAUAUUGAAGUGACAUCAUCAGAAAAGGAAUUGGCUCAUAAAGCAUUAACUGAAUUUCAAAAUUUUAAUUAUGUGAAUGCAUUAAAUGCCUUAUUGAAACUGGAAGAACUCAGACCAAAUGAUGUAAAGGUUCAGCACAACAAGGCAGCUUGUGAGUUCUUCCUGAGUGGUCUUACAAAUGUGGAUGCAUUCCUUAAAGCUCUUCAAGAAGUUAUUGCCCAGUACAGCAAGAGCCAAGGCCCUGGUCGCCUACCUGAAGUGCCCUCAUCAAAUGAACCAUUGAUAGCAGUGCUGAACCUGGCAGUGGUGUACUACCACCAACUCAAGUAUAAUGUUGUCAUCCAACUCCUCAAGCCUCUUUAUGAUGCCAUUGAGUCACUUGAUGAAAUGGUGGGGGUAAGGGUUUGCCUGCUGCUCAUUUCUUCCCACAUCCAAAUCUCGAGUGCUGACAACGCUCAGGCUGUAAUUGAGCGCACGCGCACCACUUUCCUGCCCCAACCUCUGCCUUCUUCUGAAGGUGAAACAGUCAUGUCAUCCCCCCACCAGCCGCUUGCUCACAGUGAGAUUGGAGUUGCUGCUCUGCCAUCUUCACCUCCUGGCGCAGGUAACAGUUCUUCUGCUGGAGACACAGCAGGAAACUUUGCGAGUGGAGGGGACGGCGCAGAAUUCACGAGUGCAGAAGUAGGAUCUCCAAAGGAAGCCUGCAUUGAUCAAGAGGCUCUGCGACGUCGUUUGCAAGUGCAAAGCGUGCGCACGAUGUUGUCAUUCUGCCAGCCUAAGUUGGCGGCCAAGGAGAUGAAGGUUGCUAUCCUACAAGCGGUCAGCAGUGGAGAUCAGUUGCAACUGAGCCAGAUAUGCCUGAAGAGCCAGGUCCGGCACAUGCAGUGUCAGCCUCAGAAGGCUCUUAAAGUUCUAAACGCUCGCACUGCCAUCCCUGAAGCCGCUCCUCUGGCCCACAACUGUGCCAUUACGCGCCGCGAUGUGCCAUCGCAGGACGUUUGGUUCUACAAUAACCUGGCCGUAGUGAACUGGCGGUCUGAAAAGCCUGCCUUAGCGCUCUCCCAUUUUGAUAAAGCCAUCAACACAUUCGUCAAGGAACAGAGUAAAAAGGCCGCGGAUGGACAAGUCCCGUCCCUGUACAAUAACUGCGCGAAGGUGAACGCGACUUUGUGCUACAACAUGGGGUGCUCGAUGCUGCAUUUCAACACGCUUCCCAUGGUGCUCGCGGCUUUUGAUCUCUUCAUAGAGACGCUGCAGCUCUAUCCUAAAAACCCGCGUCUGUGGCUGCAUCUCGCCGAGUGCUGCAUUGCUGUCCACCACUGGAAAAGGAAAGAAUUAGAAGACGCGGCACCUGCUGGCGUCAAGAAGCUGGGCAAUGGGAUGCUCUCGAAGCUCCUCCUCAUCCCCCCUCCCUCCCGCUGCUCUUCAUGGAACAGCUGUGGUGAAGCUCCUUCUGACUCGGCAUUCCCGGAGCCGAAGCUUCCUUUUGGCCGCCUUUGCCUGCAGAACGCCCUGAAGCUCCUGCCUACAUCCAGCCGUGAUCUCGACGAGCUUGAAAAGCAGCGACAGUUGUUUCCCGCCCUACCGUCCCUUCCGAUGCGUCCUGACGAAGUGCGUCGUGUGAAGUGCGCCGUCCUCUGCUGCGCUGCCUACACUGAUCUCUGUCUCGACGACCACCAGGGCGCUCUCACCCACGCCUCUGCCCUCAUCAGUCUGGUCACGUCAUCUCCUGCUACGUCGUCAACUCCUGCUGCUAUUCACUUCAGGUACUUGGGUCAUCUGUACGCAGCAGAAGCUUUAGUUUUCAUGAACAAAAUCAGCCCUGCGGUGAAGCAUUUGGAGCAAGGCUGGAGCUCGGAUGUGAUAUCCAGUAUCUAUGACGGCACUCUACUGUACGAUUUCGAGGAAGAACUGCUAGCGAACUCCAACCUCGAUCCUCACCAGCUGGUGAUCAAGUACAACCUCAGCGUCACAUUUGCACUCCGAGAAGACUUCGACAAAGCACUAACGAGCAUGAAAGAAAUUUGGGACAAUAUGAGAAGACAGCCCCCUCGUGUCGUUAUGUUGGCCAUAUACCUUAACCUGAAGAAAGGACAUCUCGAGAAGGCGCAGCAACUUGCCCUCGAACAUUUGCAGACCGUUGAUCCGAAGAAGUAUAAUGCUUCAAUGUAAUAAAUUCUGACAUCAUGGCAAUGGAAAUAAAAGAUCUAUCAUUAAUCCCA